UGUAUUGUCGUUUGCCACGUUUCCAAGUUGUCGCAUUGUGACAUAUGCGUUCCGGGAAAAGUUAGCGCGCCGAGUGUAUUUCAGACACGGUUCAAACCGUGUUGAGUAGUUUAUCUUACUAUUAACUGAACAUGCAAAUAUUACGGCAAUUAGACGUGCACCCAAAAGUGCGCGAAGAGGCGGAUAUUCUCGUACGAACCUUCAGUGGUGCUGUUGGUAAAAUGUUUUACUUGUCAAAUCUUAAACUGACUAUUAUUAGUACCAUUAUCAUGGGUAUUCUAUUUCUAUCCGAAGUGAAUUAUUAUCUUACUCCAACCUUAAGUGAAGAAUUGUUUGUAGAUACUUCAAGGGGUUCAAAAUUAAGAAUUAAUUUAGAUAUAAUUGUACCUACAAUAUCUUGUGAUGUUUUAUCAAUAGAUGCAAUGGACACAACAGGUGAACAGCAUUUACAAAUAGAGCAUAAUAUAUUUAAAAGACGCUUAGACUUAAAUGGGAAACCUAUAGAAGAUCCACAAAGGACAGACAUUACUGACACAAAAGCACGUAGUAAAACAACAACAAAGACAGUAGAAAGCACUACUGAGAAAGCAUGUGGAGACUGUUAUGGAGCUGCUGGUGAUAUUAUCAAAUGUUGUAAUACUUGUGAAGAUGUAAGAGAAGCCUAUAGACUUAAAAAUUGGGCACUUCCUGCUCUAGGAAUGAUAAAGCAAUGUAAAAAUGAUAAAUCAGUAGAGAAAAUGAAAACUGCCUUUAUUCAAGGAUGUCAAAUCUAUGGUUAUAUGGAAGUAAAUAGAGUGGGUGGAAGUUUUCACAUUGCACCAGGUGACAGCUUCUCUGUAAACCAUGUACAUGUGCAUGAUGUCAAACCAUACACAUCAACGCAAUUUAAUAUGACCCACAAGAUUCGCCAUUUGAGUUUUGGGCUAAACAUCCCAGGAAAGACGAAUCCUAUGGAUGAUACUACUGUAGUUGCAAUGGAAGGUGCGAUGAUGUUUUAUCAUUACAUCAAAAUUGUACCGACGACUUACGUGCGCGCUGAUGGUUCCACGUUAUUGACAAAUCAAUUUUCUGUAACUCGACACGCCAGACAAGUGUCUUUGUUUAGCGGCGAAUCUGGAAUGCCUGGUAUAUUCUUUAAUUAUGAGUUAAGUCCAUUAAUGGUAAAAUAUACAGAAAAAGCGAAAUCGUUUGGUCAUUUCGCGACGAAUGCAUGUGCAAUUAUCGGUGGCGUAUUUACAGUUGCUGGACUAAUAGAUUCGCUAUUAUAUCACUCUGUCAGAGCAAUACAGAAAAAGAUAGAAUUGGGCAAAUACAAUUAAAAUUUAGAUUAGCUUAUAAGUUUGAAGAGUAUUAUAGAAUAUUUGAAAAUAUUUUGUACGACGGGUGAUUUGAUUUUACACGUCAGUUAAGUAACAAUCUUUUAUCGAGCGUAUUAUUAAAAACAUAAAAAAGAAGAAAAUACUGAUGUAACGAUAUAAAAUUUA